AUGGGGGGGAACAAGAAGAGGAAGAAGGCGCCUCCGCUGCAGACGGGGCAGUGGCCCGUCACAAACAAAGCUGGCAGCUCGGUUAGACCUGCCAGAAAAAAGGCGCUGCCACGGCAGGGUGUGGCACCUGCUCAGGCUGUAGCCGGAGCGGAAAAAAGCAGGGGCAACUCCCAAGAGAAUUGGAAAUGCGGUGUUGGGAUCGCGGCCGAGCCGUAUCGUGUCCCAGAGGACAAUCCCUGCUGGGCCACUAAUAACAGCGGCUCGGUCGCGAUCACCUGGCGCAUGGAGAUCGGUUCCCCUCCCUGUUCAAAAAUCAGAGGGGGCAGAGGUCAUGUAGCCGUCGAAUGGGGCUCGCUGUGGGUGGUGGGUUGUUACAUUCUCCCCAGCACGGACCUCGCCACGUUCGGGGAGAUCUUUGACGAGAUCGAGCUCAUCGUGCAAAGGAGGUUCCCCGAACCCAUUAUGGUCGCCGGGGACUUCAAUGCUAAGUCUAGGCAUUGGGGUUCCCGGCAGACUAACCGCAAAGGCGGGGUUCUAGAGGAAUGGGCAGCGGUUCUCGGCCUUGGUAUAGUCAAUCAAGGGUCAAGCAGCACCCUGGUCUGUCCGCAGGGGGAGUCGAUCAUUGAUUUGACUUGGGCAUCUCCUUCUGCGGCGGACAGGAUUAGUAACGCGGGUGAUGAGGCAAGAGACCCUCUCUGA